GUACUGGAGUGGGUUGCCAUUUCCUUCUCCACUUCCCCUUGAUAUUGACUUUGAAAUGCCUGACCCAGGUGUGUUGUAAACUGUCCCCUAUUAUGGAUUGUUUGAUUUAUUUUUUGAAGUCUCACUUAACUUACUUUCUUUUUUUUUUUUUAACUGAAAGUUAGAUCUAAAGGCUUGAUUACAUUCACAUUAAACAUUUUUUGGCUUUAUACUAAUAGUGGACCCUGUAAAUUUCAGCUUGCAUCAUAUGAGGGGUUGUAACACCAUUAGUCAUUCUUGCUGCGUUUGAAGGCUUAAGGUGAGGGCUGCAAGUUGCAUGUAUGUAUGAAAUUUAGUUUUAACUGAAUUGAAUGGAGAGAAGAGAAAUUAGAGUUCAAUGAAAAGAAUUGUUGACUUUCAAAUAUGUUUCUUCAGUUUCUGACUGUAUGUAUGGCUUCUCUGCUAUGAAGCAUAACACCGGUGUACUUCUUCCUAUCUCCCCUCCCCUCCAUGUCUUCUUUUAUAGGGUAGCAUCCUGUUGUGUGAGUAUAAUCCCACAGUUGUUUGAAUCUGGUCUAUGUUAAAUGAAUGCAGUAGUCAGCAGCCUUUUAUCUCAGUGUCUCCAUUCCAGAGUCCAGUGUUUUGGUUUGACUCCUAAGUGGUGGAUUCCAUUGCAGGGUUUUUAUGGAGAGUUCAUGGCUGCUGUAUUAAUCGUGUUGAAUAUUCUUAACAACUUUUUCUGCAACAAAUGUGCUUUUAGAUCUGGAGAGUUUGCUUAUUUUCCUCAUGUCAAGGAAACAAAUUUGCCUUUUUUAUCUUCGAAUUAUUUUCUCUAUUGAGAGAAAACAGCACAGAAAUUAGCCCUUUCUGGUGGUAUCUGUCUUCGAAAUCUGUUUACCUUUAAGAAUGUAUCUUUUUCCUGUUCAUUCACUGUGAUUGCCUCGUCUUGGUAAUUCAUGUUUCAGCAGCAGUCGUUGACUUCCGUUGUUUCUAAAUUACUCAUACGGCAGUUGUUUUCUUCCUCAGUUGGUUUCCUUAAGAUCUGUGCUUCCCUUUUCAUCUCACUUGUUUGCUUUGUUAUCUCAAUUUUGAGCUGUUGGUUUUGUUGAUAUCUUCUUAUUAAGGUGUUCUGUAGCUGGAAACAGUUAAAAAGUUUCCCAUCACCAAUUGUUCUUGGAGUUGGACAGAUGGCAGUUACCAUAAUGAUACUUUAUGUGUCCAAGCUAAAUAAAAUAAUUCACUUUCCUGAUUUUGACAAGAAAAUUCCUACAAAGCUGUUUCCUCUGCCUCUCCUCUACGUUGGAAACCACAUAAGUGGAUUAGCAAGCACAAGUAAAUUAAGCUUGCCGAUGUUCACUGUGCUCAGGAAAUUUACCAUUCCACUUACUUUACUGCUGGAAACCAUCAUACUCAGGAAACAAUAUUCCUUGAACAUCAUUGUCAGUGUCUUUGCCAUCAUUCUUGGUGCUUUCAUAGCAGCUGGUUCUGACCUUGCUUUUAACUUGGAGGGCUAUAUUUUUGUAUUCCUGAAUGAUAUCUUCACGGCUGCGAAUGGCGUUUACACCAAACAGAAAAUGGACCCAAAGGAGUUAGGGAAAUAUGGAGUGCUUUUCUACAAUGCCUGCUUCAUGAUUAUCCCAACUCUUAUCAUUAGUGUCUCCACUGGAGACCUUCGACAGGCUACUGAGUUCAAUCAAUGGAAGAAUGUUCUGUUUAUCAUACAGUUUCUUCUUUCCUGUUUUUUGGGGUUUCUGCUGAUGUACUCCACAGUUUUGUGCAGCUAUUACAAUUCAGCCCUGACGACGGCGGUGGUUGGAGCCAUCAAAAAUGUAUCCGUGGCCUACAUUGGAAUGUUAGUAGGUGGAGACUACAUUUUCUCUGUGUUAAACUUUGUAGGGUUAAAUAUUUGCAUGGCAGGAGGCUUGAGAUAUUCCUUUUUAACUCUAGGCAGCCAAUUAAAGCCUAAACAACCUGUGGAUGAAGAAAACAUCUCUCAAGAUUUGAAGUUAGCAAGACAGGGAUUCAAUGUCGUGCUUAUCAGCCGGACACUGGAAAAACUACAGGCCAUUGCUGCGGAGAUUGAGCUGACGAUAGGAAGCACCGUGAAGAUAAUACAAGCAGAUUUUGCCAAAGAUGACAUCUAUGACUAUAUUAAAGAAAAACUUAAAGGCUUAGAAAUUGGAAUUUUAGUCAACAAUGUUGGAAUGCUUCCAAACCUUCUCCCAAGCCAUUUCCUUAACACGCCAGCUGACAUCCAGAGCCUCAUCCACUGUAACAUCACCUCCGUUGUGAAGAUGACACAGCUGAUUCUGAAACACAUGGAAUCAAGGCAGAAAGGUCUCAUCUUGAACAUAUCUUCUGGGGUGGCCCUCUUUCCCUGGCCUCUGUACUCCACGUAUUCAGCUUCCAAGGCUUUUGUGUGCACAUUUUCCAAGGCACUACAAGCAGAAUAUAAGGAGAAGGGAAUCAUCAUCCAGGUGUUGACCCCAUAUGCUAUUUCAACUCCGAUGACAAAGUAUCUAAGUACCAACAUGAUAACCAAGACUGCUGACGAGUUUGUUAAAGAAUCACUGAAUUAUGUCACGAUUGGAGAUGAAACCUGUGGCUGCCUCACCCAUGAAAUCUUGGCUGUCAUUCUGAGCCUGAUCCCAAUGUGGGCCUUCUACAGCAGUGUGUUUCAGAAGAUGCUCCUGACUCGUUACACGGACUACCUCAAGAAGAAUGCCAACAUCAGAUAGUGCUGGUGAACUCGUGUGCCAUCCAGCAUUGCUUUCUUCACCAGAUUCUGCAUUGGCCACAGAGGACCCAGGAACAGACCAGUACCUUUCACCUCCCACCUCCCUGAAAUUGGAGGGCCCAUGUCACAGAUACAGCACAUAAAACUCAACUUUUUUUUUGCAAUUUUACUCAAGUCUGGGGAUCUUUGGGAGAGCUGUGAUGUAAAAACAUGUGUUGUGCAAUGGGGUUUUAAUAGUUAGAGAAGGUAAGAGUGUCUGUAUGUCAUACUGGAAAUUUUCUGUAUGGGAUUAUAUAAUGUGAGAAGAAAGCUUCUGAUUCUUUGAAUAUUGAAAACAAUUAUACCUAGUAAUCUACUUUUAUAGCUAUAUUAUAGACUGUCUGAAGUCACCAAACAUUAUCAAGAUUGCAGUAGUUCUUGAGUAGUCACUGGUUCUCAAGCUGGCUUCCUUAGAGACCCAGGAAACUGUCUAGGAGAAUAGGUGGGACAAUGGCUACUUCAGGACAGUUGCUGGGAACCCCUUGUUUCAACUAAUGCUGCACCAGAUUUAUCUAUUUCAAUUUUAUAUGUAAGACUGUUUAUAAAAAUAAAAACAAAAAAUGAUACAUUGCUAAAUAAAAGUAGUUUA